UCCUUUCAGUAUAAGUUUCCUAGCAGAUAGAUUUCCUAGUACGAUCAUAAAAUAUAUAAUUACAUACAGAAAAAACUAUAGCGAAUUUCGUCUCGUGUAUUUAUAUCUUCGCAUAUUUUUAUAUCAAACUGUUUACAAACCGGAACCACGGUGGAAGGUUCAAGUAAUGACCUCCAUUAUUUUUAUUUAGAAUUAGAUAAUUUGUUGAAAAGGUAUGAGUGUUAUUAAAGUUAUGGAUGAAGGGGUAUCUGAGCCCCUUCUAGUGAUAAACAGAGACAAGAUAAGAAAACACUGGGGCAAAACCGAGACAGAACUAUUCGAACUAUUAGAAAAACUCAGAGAAUGGAUUAAAACACAAAAUUUUCCUGAAAUGCCAACCGACAACAUUCUUGAGUUCUUUCUAACAAAUUGCAAGUACAAUAUAGACAAAACAAAGAAAAAUUUAAUGACUUACUAUUCUAUCAGAAAGGAAAUACCUGAAGUAUAUCGCCAUUCAAAUCCACGAUCACCAGAAAUGGAGGAUUGCUGGGAUAUGGGAGUACUUUGUCCAUUACCAAAUCCAGCCGAGGAUCUUUACAGACUGCAAAUAGUGAAAUUAAAUCAAAAUUGUUCAAAUUUUGUAGCAUGGAAAUAUUUCGCACUUAUGUUAAACAUAUAUGAAAUACGAAUAUGCGAAGAUUUGUGUCUGAGUGAGAUUAUCAUAGUAGAUUAUAAACAAUUAACGUGGAAUCAUGUUUUUAAAAUGACACCAUUGUUGUUCAAGAUGACAACUAUUUUAGACAAAUUAGCAAAAAAUCGUAUAAAACAUAUACAUGUGAUUGAGGCUCCUUCCUACGUAAGCGUGUUAAUCAAUGUUGCAAAAAGAUUUCUAAAGAAGAAAAUAGCGGACAGGAUAAUAAUACAUAAAAACAUAGAGAGCUUGUACGAAUAUGUUCCACAAGAAUUACUUCCAAGUGAUUACGGGGGAAAGGAGAAAUCACUGGAUGAAAUAAUUGAUCUAUGGAAAGAACACGUCAAAAAAUAUCAAGAAAGAUUUGACUUUUUAGAUAAACUAGGAAUGGACACAUCUGAGAAAGAAGAAUGGGAGUAGGCAUCCUAAAACUAAUUAAUUAUACAAACUAUCUAAUUAAAAAUUGUUGUGAAUUGA